GUUCCAGACCCGGAAGUGAUUCAGUGUUUUUGUGGGGCCGAAUGGCGCCUCUCUGAGCUCUGAAGUAUCAGGACUCUCUGAAGUAUCCGGACUCUGUGGACCCUCUCUCCGUCUUCAUUGUCUCCGUUAACGCUUCACCGAGAGUAUCGGUGUGAGCCACCGAGCGGCCCCGGGGCAAAGAGCCGCUAGUCGGGGUUUGUCGGUGUCAUGGCGACGGGAAGCGGCGCAACUUCUGCGCAUGUCGGAGAUGUCGAAGAAGACGCUUCACAGCUGCUGUUUCCUAAAGAGUUCGAGAGCGCGGAGACGCUGCUGAACUCGGAGGUUCACAUGUUACUGGAGCACAGGAAGCAGCAGAACGAGAGCGCUGAGGACGAGCAGGAACUUUCCGAGGUUUUUAUGAAGACCCUGAACUACACGGCGCGAUUCAGCCGCUUCAAGAACAGAGAGACCAUCACAGCGGUCCGCAGUCUCCUCCUACAGAAGAAGCUCCAUAAAUUUGAAUUAGCCAGUUUAGCUAAUCUGUGUCCUGAAGCUGCUGAAGAGGCCAAAGCUCUGAUCCCCAGUUUGGAGGGACGCUUCGAGGACGAGGAGCUGCAGCAGAUCCUGGACGACAUCCAGACCAAGAGGAGCUUCCAGUACUGAGACCAGGACCAGGACCAGGACCAGAACCAGAACCAGGAACCUACCUGUGAUCAGCUGGUUCUUAUUCUGUCAAUAAACUCAUUUUUUUUGUUGUUUUUUUUUUUUACUCUGUUCGUUUAUUUUUUAUCUUGAAACACUUUGAUUUAGUACUUUGUAAUUGAUGUAAACGUAAACAAACAUGUUUAUAAAUAAUAAAAU